AUGUCUUUUACUGAGAAGUUCCCACCACAUCUGUUUGAACUCAUUAAAACAUCCAAGUACGUUCAUGUGGCGACAUGUUCCAAAGACUGUAUACCUACAAUAUCAUUAAUGAACUAUAUUUAUGUACCUAUUGGUAAGAGCUAUGAAAAGGGUGAAGAUGGUGCUGAUAAAGAUUAUAUUGUUUUUGCCACUUUGACUAAUACCGAGAAGUACCGUAACAUUUGCGAUAACCCCAAAGUUUCAUUAUUAUUCCAUGAUUGGAUUACCGCUAAGAAUCUCUCUGUAAGGAAGCACAGUUUGUCUCAAAGCCCAACCCCUGACAAUAACGAUGAGACUCAAGAACAUCCAAGCAAACUUCUAAACCUGUUGCAAGAAUUGAAUCAAGCUGAGUUAUUCCAAAUGAGUGCAAACCUGAGGGGUUCAGCAUCCGUUGUUAAUCCUUCUAGUGACGAAUCUAAAUACUACAAAGAUUUACUGCUAAGAGUUAAUCCAGAUGCUCACGUUUUCAUCCAACAUGCUAACACGGUCGUUGUUAAGGUACAGAUUGAAUCCGCCAAAGUUUCCGAUACAGAAAAUAACACUAAGGUCUAUAACUGA